CAUAGCAAGGCUAACAGCAGCUUGGAAAAGCUUUUCUUUUCCAAAGGCUAUCAUAAGCAGAAAGAAAAUGAAAAUAAUACUAGUAUUACUCUUCGUAAUUUCUCUAGUUGUUGCAACAAGAAUAGAUGGAGAUGAGUUUUCCUUUGUUCCAGAAUCUCCUGAGCCAAGGUUUGCUAUGCUACAUGAUGUGCAAUUACUAGCCAACGGGCUGCUCCAGCUUGGGCGUGGCCUUAAAGAUUUUGCCAUCAAGACCAAAGGCCAAAUGGAUGACAUCUUUCAGAAACUUCACCUUUUUGAUCAAUCUUUUAAUGAGAUCUCGAAACAAGCCAAUGAGAUAAAAGAAGACGAGGAACAGCUAAAAAACACUACUUCUAUGUUGCAAGUCAAUAACGAAGAGAUAAGGAACAUAUCUGUGGAGCUGAAUUCCAAGAUAGAAAUACUUUCACGGGAGAAGAUUCAACUUCAGGAUAAAGUAGGGAAGCUGGAAGAAAAAAUAACCAAAUUGUUUCAGACCCAGAUUGAAAAUCAGGAGCCCGAAGAAAUUGCAUCACUUAAAAACUUCGUCGAGCAGCAGGACAACCACCUCAGAUCCCUUCUCAAAAGAGUUCAAGCGCAGCAUGUUCAAAUUGGCAAACAACAAGAACAAAUAGAAGACCUGGAAGAGAAGCUAAGCAGCCCUGGUUUUCAAGACAACACACAGACUUUAUUCCCCUUGAGAGAAGAAAAUGAAACAAGGCAAACUAAACGUAAUACAACAGCUAAAGUUCAAGAUUACAAAGGAAAUGCUACUGAUUGCAUGUGGAUAUACAGCAGAGGUGAAAGAUCUAGUGGCAUUUAUUCUAUUAAGCCCAGAGGAUCCGAGGCUUUUAAUGUCUACUGUGAAAUCAAAGCAGAAAGUGCAUGGACAGUUAUUCAAAACAGAUCUGAUGGAUCACUAGAUUUCAACCAAACCUGGGAGAACUAUAUGAAUGGAUUCGGCAACCUGGAUGGAGAAUUUUGGCUGGGCCUACAAAAGAUCUAUUCCAUUGUAAACCAAGGUGACCACAUCCUGCGUAUUGAGCUGGAAGACUCAAGAGCUAACCAACGUUAUAUUGAAUACACAUUCACCAUGGGAGGUUCAGAAACAGACUACACUGCUCUUCUCUCCAGGAUUACUGGGAAUAUCCCUAAUGUUCUGCCUGAACAGAAAGAAGUGAAGUUCUCUACAAAAGAUCACAACAGCAACACUGAAAGAAAAGUCAACUGUCCAGAAAACAAUUCAGGUGGUUGGUGGCAUACGGCAUGUGAAGAAACAAACUUGAAUGGAAAAUAUAUCAAGUCAAGUUCAAGAGGAAAACUGGAAAGGAAAAAGAGAGUGCUCUAUUGGAAGCCUCAGAAAGGAAGGCCCUAUUUUAUCAAAUCAACCAAACUGAUGAUACAUUCUACAGAUUUUGAAAAUUUUGACUGAGCAUCACCAUUUGGAGUCUAUCUAAUAAAGCACAUUAUACCUUUGUCA